UUCCAUUUUCAGCUCGGAUCGUGACGAAUCGCGAUCCAUCCGUAGAGUUUUACAGUAAAUAUCGGUUUGGCCAAUACAUUUAUAAGUUUUAACUUAAUAUUUUGUGAAGUAACACCUAGUGUCCAUUUUCCGAAUUUUCCCGGACCAUUUGAAAAGAGUACCCGUUGAGUGUGAAACUCUGGGAAGACACGCCAAAAGCUGCUGAUUUGUAGCAAUAAUUCGAAUACGAUUGCAAACGCAACUUUGAUUGAAAGGCUUUCAGAAUAAGCCAUGAAUCUCAUAUUUACAUCAGCAUCCGCACUAACGGUUCUUCAUAUUGUUCUGCUGGCACUGGCGGAUGUCCCUUUAUUGGUUAAUGGAGAAGAUGUCCCUGAUGGUGUUCGUUUGGUCAUGAAGACUCGCUCCGGCGAUACAGUUAUCAGGGCGUCCCGUGGUGCACUCGCGGAUGAGACAGUCACUCUAGCAACUGUGGGUGCGGAGAGCCAACGCAUCAAAAACAACCGUAAAUCGAAUAGAUCGCAAGAUACUUUGCAACAGGCAGGAGGUCACAAGUCGGGCCAUAAGAAGCAUGGGGCCGAGGAGCAUGGAAGUGCAGUCUCACAGAACCCGCAACAAAAUCACAAGCAAAGUCACAAAAAUAAUAGCAAGCAGCAGAGGCAGGUAAUAAAACAGCAACAGCAGGAGAAUCAACCACAUCAAGGGGGAAAGCGACCAGGACCAAAGGCUUCAGAAACAGCGUCGACUUGCAGGUAUGCAAAGAGUGCUUGGUCAAAUUGCGACGCCAAAACCAACAUGCGCACUAGAAUUCUAUCUCUAAAGAAGGGGGAGCAAAAUUGUCUGCCAACACGAACUAUACAAAAGAAGUGCAAGAAAGGAUGUCGAUAUGAGAAGGGCACUUGGACACAAUGUAACGCGGGACAAAUGACACGAGAGGAUCAUUUACAUGUAGAGGGAUUUGGGGCCAGCGAUCAGAACUGCGAUCCAGUGCGCACCGUCAACAAAAAGUGCAAAGGCACGGGAAGACCUCUUGAGGGAAAGCACCACGGCCCAAAUCGAGCCACAAAGGAGCGUAAACAGAAGGAAAAAGGUACUCGUCGUACUUCGCAACAGGAGUAGAAAAGGCGUGAUGUGAAGUAUCUACAAAUCAACAACAGUAAAGGCAUAUUUUCUUAAGCUGGUUUUCUAAAAGUAAGAUCGUACACUUUGUAAACAAAAUCAAUCUGUAGUUUUCAUUGAAA